UACUUGAAAUAGAGAAUACUUUGAUAAUUUAAAAACUAUGGCGAUGAGAACGUUUUAUACGCAAUCACAGUUUUAAGCAAACGACAACAGAGUAGAUAUUUAAGUUAAUUGUUUAGUUAUCUGAAUUAUAGGUGUGUGUGUAUAUAUAUAUGUAGAGAGAGAGAGAGAGAGAGAGAGAGAGAUAAUUUACUUAACUAAUUUUAGUUAUAUAAAGAAUAAAUUAGAUUUAUUAGGUAAUAAAUUAGAUUUAUUAGGUAAUAAAUUAGUUUUAUGGGAGGAAAUUUUAAUUGCUUGAAGUAGAGAAUACUUUUGAUAAUUUAUAAACUAUGACGACUAUUUUUUUUUUUUUUUUCAAGCUAAUAAACUAUGACGACUAGAACGUCUUCUAUGGAAUAAUGUGUUAAGCGAAAGACGAUGUAUAUUAAAUGAAUUGUUAAGUUAUUUGAAUUAGAGGUGAGUAUUCUUUUUUUUUUUAAUGGUAAUAACAUUUAUUUUUAUAAAUCUCUUAUACAUGUAUUAUUGAUAUUUACUCAUAAUUUAAUUUUACCAUUAUUCAUGAUUAUCGCUAUUAUAGACCGUUCAUAUUGCAAUGAAUGAUAUGAAUUUUUUAUCAUAUUAUAGCCUUAAUGAGAAAAAUUGUCAAAUUAAUCUCUAUAUCAUGAAAGUAUUUUCUUUAUAUUAUUCGAUAGUAUAAAAUGUACAAACCUGUAAAUAAACCAUAGUGUUUUCAUGUUUAAUUAAUUAAUGCACUUUACUUAUUUCUUCUAUAUAACUUAAGUGUACAAAUAAAAUAACUAUUUUACCUUUCUUUUAUUUUCAUAGCUUUGUCAAUUAGAGGAAGAAAUUACAAAAUAUCAUUUAAAAAAAAAAUUGGAUUUCAUUUUUCAAAUUAGAACUUAAUAGAAAUUAGUUGCUCACAAAAUGAAUGCAUUUAAUUUAUUCUGCAUAUUAUGAUUCUAUUAAAUUUUUUGUUAUAUUUGAAUAAAUGAUUAUGUCAUUAUUAUGUAAAUUAUAUAAAUUUUUUAAUAUAAUUAAUAUUUAUUACAUCAUCUAGUUCAAUCUCAAUUGAACUAUUCUUAGCUCGUUGUCCGGUCUGAUUUUUACAAUAUUGCUUAUAAAUACAUAUUUCACUUUUUACGAAAUGAGACCUCUAUUUUAUAAGACAUGCCUCACACCUUAUAUAUCUUAUAAUUCCAAUACAUAUGCCCAUAUUGGCACCACCAUAUCCUCCCUAACACCUAUCAAUAUUUAUUUCACUUUAUGAAAUGUGUUCUUCCUAAUAUCCUCGUUUUUUUAUUACUAAUUACUGAAAUUUUUUUUUACUUCCCAAGAUUUGAAAAAACCAUACAACGUACCCACACUUUUUAAAACUAUAAAAUUUAAAACUCCAUGCUCUCAAUGCAUCUACAAUAAUGAUCCAAAAUUAAGCUUGACUUGCUUCUCAAGAAAUAUGUUUGACAAAUAGCAACAGCUCUUGCCAAGAUAGCAUGAUGCACUGAACAAAACAUAACUAAUAACUAAAAAAUCCAAAUUUCUAAUGCCAAAAAGUUCAUCUUUUAACCUUAUUUUUUUUUUUUUUUUUCAUAAUGUUAUGACUUAACAGUAGUAAAGCUAUCAAAAAUAACUUAUCAACAUUCAGCUUUUCUAUAUAAUUUGGAACAACGGAAACUCGACCAAAAAGCAUUCUUAAAUCAUGUAAGGCUUCCUUUGGAACGGCUUUCUUGCUGCUUCUAAAAACUGUUUUAAGAAACAGUAAAAAAGUCAUCCCAAACGCAACCUCAAAAUUCCGGUGUGCCGACCGAUGUCUACGGUUUUCUUGCAGCGAUUAGAUGCUAAUGAUAAAUGCAAUGAAAACUAAAAUAACCGCAAGAGUAACCGGAAUCUGAAUAAACAUUAUGAUAAUAAUCCCAGGGAAGAUAUUUAAUAAAAAAUGAAUACAUUAUAAAAAAUUACUGAAUUAUAUAACAAAAAUAAAAUCAGUUAAUCAAUAGCAAGAUUCAAUCCAAAAACAAAGAUAUUAGAAAAUGUUGUAAAUGCAGAUAAACACAAAAUAAUGGAAGAAAAUUGAAUCUCAGCUGAAUAAGAGAAAUUCACAUUUCUGGAAUUCAAGAACAAAUCUUUAUUCCAUGAGUCAUUGCCAAAUUUUCAAUUCUUCUGUUCAGAGGGCAUCCAUUUAUAAUAGAUGAAAACCUAACCAACGAAAAUUUCCACAGAAUCUGGAAUUAUAAAUUACUCAAUAACUUACAAUAUAUUCAUCAAUUAGGCUAAUUGGCACCUAUAUUAGUAUCGUUUCUCACUACUAGUGUUUCAAUAUUUUUAUUAUCUUUUAAUAAAACUUUCUGGGGGUAUUUAUCACCUUAUUAAUUCCUUAUAAAAAGCAUAACAAUGUAUUCCAUUUAUCUCUCAAUAUGCAAUGCAAUUAUUAGCUUCCAACUAGUUUUUUUCUUUUACAUUGGAGAUGAAUUCAUAGCGUCGCUGUAAUCACUCACUCACUGGAUGUUCAGUUGGUCACAUGUCUAUUUGCAUUGCAUCAAAAUCCUUCAACAAAUAAAGAACCUGCUUUAUUCCACAGAUUAGGAGUGUAGAACUAAUUUUGGAAUCGAAGUUUGGCCACUUUUGACUUUUUCUAUGGAAGAAUCAUUUGACUUACUCUACAAAUAAUUAAACUAUUCUUACUGCUGUCCUUAUAAGUGAAGGUUUGCUGCUACUAGUUCUAUCUCAAAAACAGCAUGGCCACUUCUCAUUUCCUUGAUAUCUGGGGCUGGAUUAAUAACCUUCCUUCCAUCACCCUAUGGACUACAAACACGAAGUCUCUCUGUAUUUGCUCCUCUAGAUCAACAAGCCCCUCCAUGAAUCUCCUAGUCACAAAAAUCACUCCAAAUCAAAGCAUUGGUGUCAUUUUCUCCAUUUAUGUCGAUUUCCGGAUCCCAAUCUCUCUUUGGUCCUCCAACUUGUUAGCCUUCAAAUCCAAAAACCGACAAAACCUAGAAGAGAUUCGAAGCGAUCUCUUUUUUGAUUUGGUUAACAGUGUCCUCAAGUAUGACCCCUGCAAGAAAUCUUCACCAAGAUUUCUAGAACUACGAGAAGAGUUUGACGACACCUUCAAUUUUGUAUUUAUCACACUAGCAUUCUUAGUUUGCAUCUAUGAAGCUCCUCAAGAUAUCCGAGGGGGAUGCCUUGACACUCUAAGGCUUCAAUUAACGACUCCAAGAGCUCGAGAGGCAUCGAAGCUGCUCAUGAAAGCUCUUGGGUCCAACCUUGAGGAGAAAUGGAUGAGAUCAUUGAACCUCGCUAUAACUAAUCAGAUAGUCGAGCUUAGAGCCACAAAUCACUCAUUCAAAACACCUUCACCAUUGUUUUCAUAUGCUUUUUCUACAGUUGGGCUAUGGAAAGUGCAGUGCUACUGCCCCAUAAUAGCCAUGAAAUUGGAAACUACAAGCUCCAGGAUCGCAGAUGACCGCUUGUUAUUCUCUCUCAACAACCAACAACUUGAGGCUGUGAUUCAGCUUGCCUACAUGGUCACGUAUAGCAAAAGUUGGAUAGAUGUAGUGGUCAGCAUAGACAAUAUAAGGUGUGAUGUGAAUCCGCUAGUUCCUGAAACACUAUUAAAUGAACGAGGGUAUGGCUCUCAAGAGAAGCACUUCCCGUCUCGAAUAUCGCUGCAGCUCACUCCGACGGUCCAGAAUGAAAUACUCUCAGUAUCUGUAACAAAAUCAUCGGAAAACCCAACCCGAGAAGUGGGAAUAGAGAAAUCCAUUGAAGGUGGUUUUGACCCUCCCAAUUCAUAUAUGGGCAUCACAGCUACAGCAUCUGAGUCUGUAACUAUCAGCAUUAAGCCAUGGAAGUUUGAACAAUCAGUGUUUGGCGACACUGCAAACUUGAAUUGGUUUCUUCAUGAUGGGGUGAAUGGAAGGGAAGUCUCCUCUUCCAAGCCAUCAAAGCUCGCGCUUCUCCAACCCAAAGCAUGGUUUAGAGAUCGCUACUCAAGCGCUUACAGGCCCUUCACAAAACAAGGAGGUGUAAUUUUUGCGGGAGAUGAGUAUGGAGAGAGUGUGAGAUGGAGAAUUUGUCAAAAUGCAAUGGGGAAAAACAUUGAGUGGGAAAUCAAAGGCGAGAUUUGGCUAACCUAUUGGCCCAACAAACAGAGAACAUUUCAUAGUGAAACUAAAAAGUUGGAGUUUAAGGAGCUCCUUGAUCUUUCACUUGUCAAAGCAUAGCAGACAAAAAUCAUGUAUAUUUAGUAACUAAUUUGUGCCUCCUUAUCAUAUAUUUCUGUUUAAAUCUGCAUAUUAUGAUCUAAAAUGUAUCUCACAAGUUAAAUGUAAGUCUUUCAAAAUUAAUAAGCUGGCACAACAAUAGCAUGAUCAUUAUUAAUACCAAGUUUUUUUUUUUUUUUUUACAGACACAAACUAUGUAACAUCUUGACUCCAACUUAUCAUUAUCACAGACAUACUAGAAGCACAAAUUGUCUAUCAAUGACUCAUCUUAUAAUAGCAUUUCUAUCUAAUAUUAUACAUUGUUUAAAGAACCUAAAUCUAUUUUUCACUAUUUUCUCUUCAUGAAAUAUUGCUCUCAUCUUCCCUCCAAUUUAAUCAUUUUCCAAUCCAACCUUACUAAAAUUCUCGUUUUCUAAUGAACCGGUUAUGAGAGUAGAUGUAUUAGAUUUGGCCUAUGUUAAGAAAGAUAGAGGUAGAUCUAAAAAAUUUUGGUUAGGAAAUAUUAUAAAAGACUUUUUUUUAUUAGAUUGAAAUGAGAAUUCAACUCAUAAUAGGAUAAUGGAGAAAAAGGAUUCUUUUACAUUUUAAUACAGCUUUAUGCUGGUAAUUAUCACCUGAUCCCUUUACAAAGUAUAACAAGGCUCAAGCAAUCAUUUUAUCUCUCAAUGUAAACUGAAAUUAUUAGCUUCCGACUAAUAUUUUCUCAAGUGUUGGGGAUGAAUUAAUAGCCUCCCUUAUAUCACUCACUGGCUGUUCAUUUGGUCACAUGUCUAAUUGCAUUAUCACUGCACUUCAUCAAAAUCCUCCACACAAAUAAAGAUUCUACUUUAUUCCAGAGCUUAGGAGUGGGGGUGUAGAACUGACUUUGGAAUCAAAGUUCGGCCACUUUUGACUUGUUCUAUGGAAGAACCAAUUUAUUUAAUCCACAAAUAAUUAUAACUCUUUAUGAUGCUGUCAUUCCACGCAAAGGUUAGCUGCUACUAGUUCUAUCUCAAAUUUCACGGCCUCUUAUAAUUUCCUUAAUACAUGGGGCUGGAUUAAUAACCUUCCUCCCAUCACUCUAUGGAAUACAAACCCCAAAUCUCUCUGCAUUUGCUCCCCUAGAUAAACAAGCCUCUCCAUCAAUCUCCUAGUCAAUAAAAUCCCGUAAAAUCAAAGCAUCUGUGUCAUUUUUUUCUAUUUAUGUUGAUUUUUGGAUCUCGAUCUCUCUUUGGUUCUCAAACUCAUUCGCCUUUAAACACAAAAGCUGACCAAGCUUAGAAGAAUUGCAUUGAUCUCUUUUUCGAUUAGGCUGACAAUAACCUCAUACAUGGCCUCUAUAAGAAAUCUUCACCAAGAUUUCCUAUACCCAAAGAAAAGUUUGACAACAUCUUAAUUUAGCAAUUCUCAUGCCAGAAAACUUAUUUUGAAUCUAAAGGCUCCUUAAGACAUCUGAGGGGGGUGCAAUACUCCUAAGGCUUUUAAGUAAUGACCCUAAUUUGCAUCUACAAAGCUUCUCAAGAUAACUUCAUUGCAAUCUGAAAAUAUUUAACAAAGACAAAUCAAAAGAUAAUUUCAUUGCAAUCUGAAAAUAUUUACACAGUUGUUCUAUGGAAAAAUUACAUAACACUCAUCCUCCAUCAUAACUUGAGCUAUUGAGGACAUCCAAAUUCUCAUAGGAUGGUGUUCGACACUGGUAUGUAUCAAUCCGGCAUCCUUUUUGGUCAUUUCUAGAUGCAAAUGUUAAGUUCUACCUCCUAGUCAUCUUCAUCUUCUUCUCCUUAAUGUUGUUGUAUGAAGUGCUAUUAACCAAAAAGAUAAUCAGUAUAGGAUAGAAAAAAUGUGAACACGGAUGAUGCCCCUAAAGUAUUUUGUUGCACCGGCAUGGGUUAUUAUAUAAUCACAGUAAGAAAAUCUGCUUUGUUGUGAGAUAACUAUACCUCUUUCAUGUAAUCCCAUCCAAGAUUGAAAUAUGAGCCCUUGAUCAUGGGAUUAGCCAAAAGUAAAAAUUAAAGCUUCUCUUGAUAGUCCUAACAGAUCAUUUGAUGUAGCAUGAAGGCUUGCCCCUAUCUCAUCUUUAACAUCAUCUACAAAUUCUCUAAUACUAUCCAAGUGCAUCAUAUUUCAUAACUAUUAGAUCUCUGAACCAAAUAUAUUAACGAAAAACAUCAUUUCGCUUGCAUCUCAUCUAUCUCCAUCAUAGAAUGGUUAGAAUAAGUUCUCCAUUUGUUAUAUGGUCUCUUGCUAUAAUUAGUUCAGUAGCUUUUUUGUGUAAACUUAUUCAAAUCAGUUAAAGAACAAACAUAAUUACAUAAAGUUGUUCUAUUAGUAGCAUAAGACAGGAAGUUGUAGGUAAUUGUGACUCAUAUUAAAGCAGACAAAACGAGGCCCAAAAUUUACCGUAAAUAACAAGCAAUUACACAAUCAUUAUUAUAGGAAUAUUUGGCAUCCACAUCAUAAGCAAGCCAGUGAUUCCACAGCUCUAUGUACAACUAAUUAUAAUCUAGCUGGUCAACAUCUGUCUUUCCUCUACCAUCUGCGUGAUUAAGAUUUGAAUCUAUUUGAUCGACAUCAAUCUAUGGUUGACCUUCAAAUUGCACAAUCACAUUAUCAUGUAGGUGCAACUCAACAUGCUUCAAAGACAUUAAUGGGACUCGUGAUCGUCAUAUGCUACAACCCAGUGCAAAUUUGGGAUAGAACAAGAAUCAAAGAAUUUGAAUAUGGGGUUAGAAAACCUAGAAUGCCUAGAUGAACACAUUAAGAUCUAUAGCAAUAGCUGAUUUGGAUAGAUAAUUACAUAAUUCAAUUGUUGUACCAAACUUUUCGUAGAAUAUCCAAUUUUUUUAUGAUAGAAUCAUAGGGCUCAACGUUAUGUACUAAAAUUUCCUUAAACUUUUCAUCAUUCCAUUUUCAAUUUUCGUGAGAUUUUUUUUAAUACAUCCAAAACAUAUUGAAUGAUGCAGAUAUCAAUAUAGAUUUACAUCCACGGAAUUUUUCUAAGAUGCCAUUGGGGUUUAAUACAUGCAAAGUGGGAUGACUAACAUGCAAUUGCUUCCCAAGCCCAAACCUACAAUGGAUGCAAACAUCCAGGUAUUAAGUUCCAAUUAUAGAUGCAAAAGUACUAUAUCAUUUUAUGAGUGGAUUGGAAACAUUCUUAAAUUCUCUAUCAAAGGUAGAUACUACAAAUGAAUUUUAGAGCCAUAUCAUCUAAUGAGUGGAUUGAAAAUUAUUCUUAAAUCCUCAACAACAGUAGAUACUGCAAAUGAAUUUUAGAGCCAGACGUACUAAGCAUUUGAAAGCAACCAAUUAUAAAGAAAAUAUAAGCAAGAACACAUCGAAAUAAUUCCAUCUUAGUCAUAUUCAUAUAAGAAUCCCUUACGAGUGUCCAUAGCAACCUACUUACUGGCAUACAAGUCAACACAGAUACAUGUCUCAUAUUAAACUUAGACGUGAAUUAAUAGGAUCAUGAUAUACAGCUUCAGGAAUUGAAUGUUAUACCAAUAGGUCGUCGCAACGAUCUAGCCAUGUGGAUAGUUGUAAACCGGUGCCAACAACAUAGUAGUGAACAAGUGAUUAUCUAUAUGUCUAAACACCCAUAUGAUGCAUACAUCUAGGAGAGUGACGAUCAUCUCACUGAUGUGUAAAUGAAAGGUGUUCACCAUGAUUAUUAGUAGAUUGCGACCUAAACAUAGAAAUUGAAGAUACCGAAGAUUGGUGAUACGUGCGAUCUCAAAGGGGUCAAUGUCUUGCCAUGAGCAAAAGGCUAAUGGCCUCUAAUAUAGUUCCCUAAUUUCAAACGAAUAGUAACUUAGUUAAACCAUGUUCAUUGAAAUAUGAGAUAUGGUGAACUAGAGAAGUAUUAAAGAAUGGGUAGAUGAGACUGCAGAUGAGACAAAAGAAAACCUCAAACUACACAAGGUAUGCUAGAUGUAGAACCAUCAAGAGCAUCUCUAAUUUUUAACUAAUCCUAAAAUCAAUGACCAUCUUUCAAUGGAUGGGAUGGAUCCACAAGAAAGGGGUGCAAUCAUUCCACAACAAAGAAAAUUAGUAUGGUUAUCUAACAACUCCGCAUCAAGGAAACAAUCUAAAACAUAGGUACCAUCGAUGUUCUCUUUUUUAUUUCAUUCCUACUUUUUGGUCAAUAGCACUCUCCAGAACAACAAUAAGAAGAACGAAUGAUGCUAACUAGGAAGAAGUUAAUCAUGGUCUUCGAGAAAAAUAAAGACGAUGACUAGAUCGAUACACAUCAACAGCGCACAAUGAUAUAGGCAUUAUCAUUAGCUCAACAUUAUGAUGGAGGUGGAUUGGUGUUGUGUAAUUUUUGCAAAAAAAACAUAUUCCUUAGACCUGUCAAUUUCGGGUUACGGGUCGAACCCGACCCGACCCGUAACUGACCCGGCUUUAUUCGGGUUCGGGUCAACCCGACCCGGUUUUAUAAAUGGGUCGGUUUUCGAAACCCGAACCCGACCCGCUUCGGGUUCGGGUCAACCCGACCCGACCCGUUUAGGGUUUAGGGUCACGCGAAGUCUCGGAGCGACGCGGGCAACAAGGUGCGGUGCAGCGAGCGACGCGGCAGCGCAGCAUCGGGCGCACGGGACAGCGGCCAGCGGGGCAGGCGGGCAGCAGCGCGGCAGUGCGGGGCAGAUGGCAUCGCGGGCGGGGGCAGCGGGCGGGGGCAGCGAGCGGUGGUAGGAAAAUUCAAAAUUUUUUUUUAAAAAAUGGGUUUUCGGGUUGACCUGGCAACCCGUCGGGUUAACCCGAACCCGACCCGCUUCGGGUUCGGGUCAACCCAAACUCGAAAAUUCUGGGUCAGGUUCGGAUCGGGUUUUCGGGUCGGGUCCAAUAUUGACAGGUCUAAUAUUCCUAAAUUAUAUCUCCCUCAUGUUCCUUCUAAAAACUCUAUUGAACCAGAAUCAUGAUUCACAAAGGACUAAAAACUUAAUUGAAUCAUAAUCAUGAUUCAUAAAGCACUUUGGGACUCACCUGUGCAGCUAUGCUUUUCCAUGGGCGACUAACAGCCCCAAAAAAAUGCUAAAAGAUAGCUCGUGACCUUUAAAUUGCAAUUUUAUGAACCAUAACAUGGUUCACAAAUUAAGACUAAAAACAUCCAUAAGAUUAUCGCAGAAUUUACAAAUAUAAGGUUCAAUUAUGCGCAAUGGCAAUUCUAGAAACAUAUUUAAGUGAGCACACUACAAAUCAAACUUUAUUAUCCUAAAUUCCAUUCUAAAUUACAGUAGUUAUUGUGAAUAAGUGAAAAAUUAACAGCAACUCAAAAAUGCCUCUACUGGUCUCACUAAGACCGUGAUAUCAAUGUGUGUACAAUAUUGCAUUCUACCUUAUAGCUUUAUGUCAUGCUUCUUUUAUUUUUAAUAUUUUUACUCAAAUCACAAAAGUUUGAUGGGAUGUAAAGUCCCCAAUCAAAUAAAAUAGGGAGAAAGGCCCAUGCAAGUAAAGACAAGUGCCCCUAAUGCCCCUGACUUGAAUCAGCCCAUGAUUUAAUACAACUUCAGUACAAUUUUAGUGCAACUACUUUUCCUACUGCAGACAUUUCACUCUCCAUCAAACUUGAGUAUCAAUAAAAAAAAUAUGCAAGAAACUACAAUGUAUCUAUAUUUAAGGUGGGAAAUAGAAUUGGAAGGCAAAAAAAACCAAUGCACAAGUAGAAAAGGCUUCAAAAAGGUAUUAAUAAAUUUCAAAGUAAAAUUAACAAUACCAUAGGAGCUAUUUGGGAUCACUUUUUUUUUUAUAUAUUUUGAUUUUUAAUACUUUGGUACACUAAAUAUAUAUUUUUAUUGAGGAAAUUUGACUUUAUAUAUUCAAUGACUGCUCAAUGGACUAAGUUACUCGAAAUAGGUUUGAACAUAUCCAAAUUCUGGUUUGAACCUAUGACCUAAUUAAGGAGUUUGCAAUAGGAAUAGAGAGUGAGAAGGAGAAGAGUAUUUAGCGAGUCCUUGGCGGAAUUUCACCAAGGGUAUUUUGCAAUAGAAUUUUGCCAAAGAUAUUUUGCAAUGGAAGUUUGUGGAAGGUAUUUUGCAAUGAGAAUUCAUCAUAGGGUGUCAACGACACCCGGUGUUUUUUGACGAGAGUUCUCAUAAGGCAUCAAUGGGAUUUGCGAGUGUGAAGGAGAAGGUAUUUCAUGAUGGGAGUUGGCCUAUAGCAUAGACUAUUUUGCAACGAGAGCUCAAUGAUGCACUACUUGGAGCGGGAGUAUGAAGGAGAAGGAUAUUUUGUGAUGGGAGCUUGCCAAGGGCAUCCAACGGCACAACCAUUUAAAGCCUAGUCCACAUGUACAAGAGGAUGUAAUUUCAUCCAAAAAGAACUUUUAGGAAUAUUUCCCCAAGAAAUAAAGAGUGGGCAUAUUUGUCCACUUUUGAGUAUUAAGAGGCAUAUAAAUAAAAAUUCACCUUUAUUUUUAUUCAGUAUAGAAUAAAAUGAUUUUUGUAAUGAUAACAGCAAUUACUGGCAGUCGACAUUCAGUGGAAGUAGCAGCUGGAUCUGAUGGCUGCAAUUAGCGGCCUAUAGCUACCAAUGGUGGCAAUCAUAGGUGGUGGUUUUAAGACACUGACACCUAGCGAUUGAAAUUUUUCUCUACAUAUUCUGACUCUUUGCAAACGUUCUGAACCGAAUCAUAAAAUACAGAGGGUUGAUGGUAAGGCUGAGAAAUCUAAUCAAACAACAAGGAGGUGAAAGCCCAAGCCAAUGGGAGCAGCACAUGCCCUGUCCCAAAUCUCCCAUUCAAGCAACUGACAUCAGGACAACAAAAAUAAUUGAAAGACUAACAUAAUGCAGUUAAUUUACCUUCUGCAAACUUUGAGCAUUGCUCAAAUGGAAAACGCUUAAAAAAGGUAGCAAUAAAAGCCAUGUUUUAAGGUAGCUGGUAAAGUUAACAGCAACAUAGAGAAACAUUUGCAUACAGCAUGAUAACAAGCAAGCAAACAAAA